AAGCCAGGAGCAGACAUGGCAGAAAGGAGGAAAGCAGAGAAAGUCCAGGAAGAGGUGCCCACUUACUUCUCCAAGCUGGGCUCAGAAAGUCCCAAACCCAGGCAGAAGUAUGGGGGCAUGUUCUGCAAUGUGGAGGGGGCUUUUGAGAAUAAGACCAUCAAUUUCGAGGCAUUGAGUGUUGGCAAAAAGAAUGGCAGCAGCAGGAAGAUGGAUGGGGGCAGUCCUGGUCCUGGUUCUAAUGGGCUCAGUGAGUCCAGCAGUCAGAGCAGCAGCCUGGGCAGUGUGGAUGGAAUGGGAGCUGCUGAGAAGGUGGACCUACAGGGACCUCUGUCUAUGGGAAUGAGGGACACCUAUCAGCAAAAUGACAGACUUCUUAUCAAAGGAGGGAAGAUUGUGAACGAUGAUCAGUCAUUCUGUGCCGACAUAUACAUCGAAGAUGGCUUAAUAAAACAAAUUGGGGAAAACCUGAUCGUUCCUGGUGGUGUUAAGACGGUUGAUGCCCAUGGCCUGCUGGUCAUACCUGGAGGGAUCGAUGUCCACACGAGACUACAGAUGCCCGUGAUGGGAAUGAUUGGAGCAGAUGACUUCUUCCAGGGAACUAAAGCCGCAUUAGCUGGAGGCACUACGAUGAUUAUUGACCACGUCUUUCCUGAGGCCGGAAUGAGCCUGACUGCCGCAUAUGACCAAUGGAGAGAGUGGGCUGAUGGGAAAGUCUGCUGUGAUUACUCAUUACAUGUGGACAUCACCCACUGGCACGAGAGCCUUAAAGAAGAGAUGGAGGCUUUAGUAAAGGACAAGGGUGUGAAUUCAUUUCUUUUAUUUAUGGCCUACAAAGACAAAUACCAAUGUACGGAUGCCGAGAUGUUUGAAAUCUUCAGCAUCAUUCGGGAGCUGGGUGCCAUAGCCCAGGUUCAUGCGGAAAACGGGGACAUCAUUCUAGAGGAACAGAAACGUCUGCUAGAACUUGGCAUCACUGGACCGGAAGGCCAUGUCCUCAGCCACCCGGAGGAGGUUGAGGCCGAGGCAGCUUACCGCGCCAUAACCAUCGCCAAACAAGCCAACUGCCCCCUCUACAUCACUAAAGUCAUGGGCAAAGGGGCUGCCGAUGUGAUCGCCCAAGCGAAGAGGAAAGGUACGGUGGUGUAUGGUGAGGCACUGGCAGCUGGACUGGGCAGCGAUGGGACUCACUACUGGAGUAAGAACUGGGCAAAGGCUGCAGCUUUUGUUACCUCACCGCCUCUGAGCACUGACCAGUCAACCCCGGAAUAUCUCUGUUCAUUACUGUCCUGUUCUGACCUCCAGGUAACGGGCAGCGCACACUGCGCCUUCACCACAGCACAGAAAGCCGUAGGGAAGGACAAUUUCACCUUAAUACCAGAAGGCACCAAUGGGGUGGAAGAACGAAUGUCAAUAAUCUGGGAAAAAUGUGUGACCUCUGGCAGGAUGGACGAGAAUGAGUUUGUAGCCGUGACCAGUACAAACGCAGCCAAAAUUUUCAACUUGUAUCCACGGAAGGGAAGAAUCGCCACGGGCUCAGACGCUGAUCUAGUUAUCUGGAAUCCAAAAACAUUGAAAAUCAUUUCUGCCAAGACACAUAAUUCAGUUGUGGAGAUGAAUAUAUUUGAAGGGAUGGAAUGUCGUGGAGCACCAGAGGUUGUUAUUAGCCAAGGACGCGUUGUUCUAGAAGGUGAAACUCUUCACGUCAGCCAAGGGUCAGGCCGCUUCAUUCAAAGGAAGACGUUCCCUGAUUUUGUCUACAAGCGGAUUAAAGCCAGGAAUAAAUUGGCAGAGGUCCGCGGAGUUCCCAGGGGGUUAUAUGAUGGACCUGUUCAUGAUGUCACAGUGGCUACUAAGUCUGUAGCACCCACGCCAACCUCCCGGGUAGCACCGUGUGCUGGAAAAGUGCAGAUGGCGCCAGCUCGAAAUCUUCAUCGGUCUGGGUUCAGUUUAUCAGGAUCCCAAAUGGAUGAUCAUAUCCCGAGACGCAAUACUCAGAAAAUCGUAGAACCCCCUGGCGGUCGCUCUAAUAUUACUUCACUUUCAUAGUACUGGAUACAAGUGGAUUUCACAGCCAUUUAAAAGUGGAGAGGAGAUCACAAGAGUCUGCAUGAUGAUUUUGUGAACAAUUACCCUUGAGGCAAAGAUCCCCACUGGCCCUGAUCCACAUUUUGUGUAUGGUGUCUAAUAGGGGAGAAGGUUAGCGUUAUAGAAGGAUGUAAGCACUGUUUUGUUUAUGAGACUACGUGAUGAUAUAGUCAAUUGUUGGCUUUAAAGUGCCCCUUUUUCCUGCUCACAAUGGAGGCAGUCAAGUUGUUGGUAAAAGAAAACCUUGUGAAAAAUGUACCUUAAAGUUUUAUUGGGAACCUUGUGACACCAACGCAUGCCUGGUCUGGGUCAACUACCGUAUUUCCCCCGAAAAUAAAUCCGGUCUUAUAUUAAUUUUGGCAACAAAAGACCCAGUAGGGCUUAUUUUCGGGGUAGGUCUUAACAUAUUCUCUCUCUCCCUGCCUGUCAGGAAUCCCCACUUUGAACAAACUUAAAAUGCUCAAAUCCUUUAAUGCCCUGUACACACGAUCGGUUGAUCCGAUGAAAACAAACCGAUGGAUUUUUUCAUCGGAUAUCCGAUGAA